ACGGGGAAGCUGCGGCCGCCAUUUCAGAGAGCUUGCCGACACUGUCGCAGGGGUGGAUCCUGAGCUGCCGAAGCCGCCGUCCUGAACUCCCGCGCGGGCUCCUCUAAUCCCAUUGUCUCUUUUAGAUUCGCUUGGGCCUGUCCGCUCUCUGAGCCCGAAAUUCGGGCUGGGUGGUACCGCGGCCUGGGCCUAGCGGCUUAACAGUAGCAACAGCGGCGGCAGCCACAGCCCCCCUCUUUCUGAAUACGAGCACCGCAGGGACCCGGGAAGCCCGCACAGUCGUUUAGAGAAAAUGGCAGACGAUAUUGAUAUUGAAGCAAUGCUUGAGGCUCCUUACAAGAAGACUUGCCUAACGAUAUCUCACCUCUACUCCCAUGAAUUCACCUUUGAUUCCAGUGUGAACUGUCAAUCAUAAGGAUGAGAACAAGUUGAGCAGUGCUAACGGCCAUGAAGAACGUAGCAAAAAACAAAGUUUCUGCCUCCUUGGAAAGCUCUACAUCUCCUUGUGAUUGGAGUGUGGGUUUCAAGAUUCCAGAAGGUGGGAAAAAAAGCAAGAGCAGAAGUCGUAGUCAUGAACGAAAAAGAAGCAAAAGUAAGGAACGGAAGCGAAGUAGAGAUAGAGAAAGGAAAAAGAGCAAAAGCCGUGAAAGGAAGCGAAGUAGAAGCAAAGAAAGGAGACGGAGCCGAUCAAGAAGUCGAGAUCGCAGAUUCAGAGGCCGCUACAGAAGUCCUUACUCCGGACCAAAAUUUAACAGUGCCAUCCGAGGAAAGAUUGGGUUGCCUCAUAGCAUCAAAUUAAGCAGACGACGUUCUCGAAGCAAAAGUCCAUUCAGGAAAGACAAGAGCCCUGUGAGGGAACCUAUUGAUAAUCUCACUCCUGAGGAAAGAGAUGCAAGGACUGUUUUCUGUAUGCAGCUGGCAGCAAGAAUUCGGCCAAGGGAUUUGGAAGAGUUUUUCUCUACAGUUGGGAAGGUUCGUGAUGUGAGGAUGAUUUCUGACAGAAAUUCAAGACGUUCCAAAGGAAUUGCUUAUGUGGAGUUUGUUGAUGUUAGCUCAGUGCCUCUAGCAAUAGGAUUAACUGGUCAGCGGGUUUUAGGAGUGCCGAUCAUAGUACAAGCAUCACAGGCAGAAAAAAACAGAGCUGCAGCAAUGGCAAACAAUCUACAAAAGGGAAGUGCUGGACCUAUGAGGCUUUAUGUGGGCUCGUUACACUUUAACAUAACUGAAGAUAUGCUUCGAGGGAUUUUUGAGCCAUUUGGAAGGAUUGAAAGUAUCCAGCUCAUGAUGGAUAGUGAAACAGGUCGAUCCAAGGGAUAUGGAUUUAUUACGUUUUCUGAUUCAGAAUGUGCCAAGAAAGCUUUGGAACAACUUAAUGGAUUUGAGCUAGCGGGAAGGCCCAUGAAAGUUGGUCAUGUUACUGAACGUACUGAUGCUUCCAGUGCUAGCUCAUUUUUGGACAGUGAUGAACUGGAAAGGACUGGAAUUGACCUGGGAACAACUGGUCGUCUCCAGUUAAUGGCAAGACUUGCAGAGGGCACAGGUUUGCAGAUCCCGCCAGCAGCACAGCAAGCUUUGCAAAUGAGUGGCUCUUUGGCAUUUGGUGCUGUGGCAGAAUUCUCUUUUGUUAUAGAUUUGCAAACAAGACUUUCCCAACAGACUGAAGCUUCAGCAUUAGCUGCAGCUGCCUCUGUUCAACCUCUGGCAACACAGUGUUUCCAACUCUCUAACAUGUUUAAUCCUCAAACAGAAGAAGAAGUUGGAUGGGAUACAGAGAUUAAAGACGAUGUGAUUGAAGAAUGUAAUAAACAUGGAGGAGUUAUUCAUAUUUAUGUUGACAAAAAUUCAGCUCAGGGCAAUGUGUAUGUGAAGUGCCCAUCAAUUGCUGCAGCCAUUGCUGCUGUUAAUGCGUUGCAUGGCAGGUGGUUUGCGGGUAAAAUGAUAACAGCAGCAUAUGUACCUCUUCCAACUUACCACAACCUCUUCCCUGAUUCUAUGACAGCAACACAACUACUGGUUCCAAGUAGACGAUGAAGGAAAAUAUAGUCCUUUAUGUACAUAGCUUUUUUUCUUUCUUGAGAAUUCAUCUUGAGUUAUCUUUUAUUUAGAUAAAAAAUAAAGAGGCAAGGGUCUACUGUCAUUUGUAUACAAUUCCUGUUACCUUGGAAAAAUAAAAAUGUUAACAGGAAUGCAGUGUGCUCAUUCUCCCUAACUAGCAAAUCCCACUGUAUACAAAGCUGUUCUCUUGUUCUGCCUUUUAAAUGUACACGUAGAAAAUUACAUUAAGGAUCUAUAGGAAUAGUUGUAGGGGAACAAAUGUGCUUAAGACAUAAAAAGGCAGACAGGGAUGUAAUAUUUUUAAUGUUUCAGAAGCCUAACUUUUUACACAGCAGUUACAUUUCACUAAUGUUGACAUUUGGUUAAUGGUUUAGCAGAGGUUUCUGGAAUACCUAGUUUAUGGAAAUUCAGGACAGCUAAAUGGGCUGUUUAACAUGUCAUCUUGCAUCCUGAUCAAUUGGCAAGAAAAGGUUUCAAAAAUACAUUUCUGGAUGGUAUCUUUUCAAUUAAUGUAUCUGUAAAAGUUUCUUUGUAAAUAUUAUGUGUUCUGGUGUGUCUUAAGAUUCCAAACAAAAUGAUCCCUGCAUUUCCUCAAGAUGUUUAGUGACAGUCUGGUAAGCAAAGCAGUCUGAGCAAGAAAUAGGAAAUGCAGAAAUAGGUUUUGUCUGGUUGCAUAUAAUCUUUGCUCUUUUUAAGCUCUGUGAGCUCUGAAAUAUAUUUUUGGGUUACUUCAGUGUGUUUGACAAGACAGCUUGAUAUUUCUAUCAAACAAAUGACUUUCAUAUUGCAACAAUCUUUGUAAGAACCACUCAAAUAAAAUUCUCUUAA